GAUUAAAAGAAAUUAAUUAAGCUUAUUAUUUUGCUUCAUCAUCCUCUUAGAGACAAAGAGAAGAAGAAGAGCAAAUGGGAGGCAACAUGUCACACAUUCAAGACUCGGAUGAAUCUUCACAUGGACACAAGUCUCGCAUCGUGGCCUUCCAUUCCAAGCAUCAAUGGAACACCCACUUCGCUGCCUCCAUAAACAGCGAUAAACUGAUGGUGAUUGAUUUCACGGCUACAUGGUGUGGACCUUGUAGAGCAAUGGAGCCAAUCUUCAGAGAGUACGCUGAUAAAUUCACAGACGUUGAGUUCGUCAAGCUUGAUGUCGACGAGCUACCGGAUGUGGCAAUGGAGUUUGGUGUGCAGGUAAUGCCUUCAUUUGUAUAUGUGAAGAAAGGGGAGGUGGUUGAUAGGAUCUUGGGGACCAGGAAAGAUGAACUGCAAACGAAGAUUGAGAAACACAGGACAUCAUAAUUAAGUAUGGAUUAAUUAACUGAUGCUUUGAAUAAAUUAUUAAAGCUCGAUUGGGAAUAUAUAAUGACGAUGACGUGCUACCACUGUGUGAGAGCUGAAGAAAUAAAGGGAAAAAGAAAGAAUAUAGGAAAGAUAAAUAAGGUGUAGAGUAGGAUUCUCUCCUUUUAAAUUCUCCUCCCCUCAGUCUUUUACUAUUGGAAUCGUCACAAUUAAGCCAUAUUGAAGAGGAAAGUAGAGAGAAGAGGAAGGGAGGAAAAGGAAUUUGGGCGAAAGAUAAUCCUACUCUAUAAGAUUGAUCAUGUAUUCUUUAAUUUUCAUGAUUGUCUAUGACGUUUGUAU